UUGUCCUCGCGGAACCAUUGUCUUACGCUCACGUUCCGGCCGGACAUUAUUAGUAGAAACACAACAAUGGCGGCCAGCUUUUUAAGAUCUGGGCGACUGGCUUCUCUCAAGUGUCUCCAGGUGGACGGCUGGGGCGCGCUGAGGAACAGCCCGGCUGUUUGGUUCUGCUCCCAAGCUAAAGACUCAACAAAGCCUGUGAAGAAGACCAAAGCUGCAGCUAAGACAGCUGCAGAUGACCGGUCGGCCCUGCUAGCCCACAAGACUGCAGUCUUGUUUCCUGUUAGGCUGUCAGAGCCCGGGGCUUUGUCGGUCCAGACUCCAGGAGAACCCGAGGCACCAAUCAGCUCUUCUGCUAUCGCUGAACCACCUGACCUGACUGGCUUCCAGCAUGCCGCCCAGGUUGUUGCCGACACAGCUCCUCCCGAAUCCCCCCCAGCUGGAGGUGUUCAGGUGAACAGUAAAACCUCAGCACCAGAAGAGGCUCCGGCUCUGGUUCCAGCAGCAGACGAUGCCUUCCCAGCUGCCACAACCCCUGAUGAGUUGUCUUCCUCAUCAUCAAGUGACUCUGAUUCAGACUCAGAUUCGGAGGAUGAGGAGCUGGAAGAGCAGACUGAUACCAGGAGUUCAUCAUCAGAAUGUAUAGAAGCUACUCUACUAGAAAAGACACAAGUCCAGGACUUCAAAGGUACUGAAGGAUGGGCUGAUGCUGAAACCAAACACGAGGCAGCAGAAGCAGUUCCGCCUACAGUGAACCCAGCCAGUGUUGCUCCUGAAGAGUCAGGAAAGUUAAGUCCUGAGAUCGGUGCUCCUACACGAGGGGCAGCAGAGGCUUCCAGGUCAGAGGUCCAUGCUGAUGUGGCAGAAAGUGCUUCAGUCGUCACCGUUGCUAAAAACAAAUCUCCAGCUUCAGAUGUAACCCAGGCUGAUGUUCCUGUGGAGGUCAUGAAGAAUUUCAUAAAGGAUCCUGCAGAACCAGUGGUAGCCUCUACUGGAGAGUCUCAGGAUGGAGCUGCUGUGAGUGCUGUGACAUCAGAGAGUGCACCCGCUGAAGCUCUCGCUGCUGCCGUUUCCAUUCCUACAGACAACACAGAGGAGCUGUUGGACCCUGCCCCGGUUUCAGCUGAAGCUGCAGAAGCACUCGCCGCUGCACCUGCUGCAGCACCAGCUAAAGCACUCGCCGCUGCACCUGCAGAAGCACCAGUUAAAGCACUCGCUGCUGCACCUGCAGAAGCACCAGCUAAAGCACCCGCUGAAGCUCUCACUGCUGCCGUUUCCAUCCCUACAGACAACACAGAGGAGCUGGUGGACCCUGCCCCGGUUUCAGCUGAAGCUGCAGAAGCACCCACUGCAGCACCAGCUAAAGCACUCGCUGCUGCACCCGCUGAAGCACUCGCUGCUGCACCCGCUGCAGCACCAGCUAAAGCACCCGCUGAAGCUCUCGCUGCUGCCGUUUCCAUCCCUACAGACAACACAGAGGAGCUGGUGGACCCUGCCCCGGUUUCAGCUGAAGCUGCAGAAGACGAGCUGCAGGCCGAGACUCCUGCUGAACAGCCUAAGGAGGCAGCAGCAGCAGAAACUCCAGCGCCCGAGGAGCCUUUUGACAACAGCACGUAUAAAAACUAUCAGCACCACGGCUACACCGCCUACACCUUCGUAGACCUGGAUGUGGCGAUGGCCCAGUAUCGUCUCCCCCAGCCUUCCUCUGGCAGACCCUCACCCAGACACUGAGCUGAACCUUAUGUUUAAUGUUAAUGUGAUUGUCCCAAAACCUAAGAUGUGAUUAAAGUACACAAGCUGAUGUGA